UUGGAGGGUCCAGAUGGGGGCGAGCUUUGUGUCUGUGACCGAUCUGUCUCACGCUUAUUGAGCUGGGAACUUGAAAACUUAACAGCAGGCAGUUGGGGGGAAAGCUGGGAUUUCGGUAACCUCAGCUAAAGAAACGUGUCUUUAGUUGCCCUGCAGCUGUGAGUCACAUCAGCACGCAAGCCGUUUCUGCUGGACGGGCUUUUGGCACGAUUUCCGGAUACCAUGGAUGAUUUAGAUGCGCUGUUGGCGGACCUGGAGUCCACAACAUCACACAUCUCCAAGAGUCCGCUCUUCCUGCUUGACGACCCGGCCUACUCUCUGCCCAUUGGUCAGUCGCACCAGCAGGACCUCGUCUCCCCGCCCCCGGGUCCACCUGACCAGACCAUCAACGGACUAGACGACACCCAGUCUUUCAGCUCUGCCCAACGGAGUACUUGGUCCACAGAGGGGGGCAGUCCCGAUCCGGCCCCCACAGAGGAGGAGCACGUCUACAGUUUCCCGAACAAACAGAAAAACAGUGAAUCUUCAACCGCCGCCAUGAACUCUUCUCUGGGCAGCAACCUGUCCGAGCUGGACCGUCUGCUGCUGGAGCUCAACGCAGUCCAGGACAACAGCCCCUGCUUCCCCACAGAAGAGGACGCCGCACCCCCGCUGCCGUCCAACAGCAUACACCACUAUGUCCAUGAGAACGGAGUGUCGCCUCUCACGAGCAACAACCCUCCCCCUGCUGUCUUGGAGAAGCCCAAACGCAGCCUGGCCACCCGGGGAAUAGAGGACGUACGGCCCAGCGUGGAGAGCCUCCUGGAUGAGCUGGAAAGCUCUGUGCCGAUGCCCAUCCCCGCCCCUCUCAUGGUGUCCGAGGAGCCGACCGACGGCCCGGAGACAGCCGCCCAGCAGCAGGCCAGGAUGUCUGCGUCCUCCGCCACGCGAGAGCUGGACGAGCUGAUGGCGUCGCUGUCUGACUUUAAGGUCCAAAGCAAUAUUCAGUCUCAGGGGAAGAGCUCUCCGACCGGCCCUCCGAAACAAGCCAACAAGCUUGACAACAUGCUGGGCAGCCUGCAGUCGGACCUGAACAGGCUGGGAGUGCAGACCGUGGCCAAGGGGGUGUGUGGUGCCUGCAAGAAGCCCAUCGUAGGCCAGGUGGUGACGGCUAUGGGCCGCACGUGGCACCCUGAGCACUUUGUGUGCACCCACUGUCAGGACGAGAUCGGCUCUAGAAACUUCUUUGAGCGAGAUGGCCAGCCUUACUGUGAGAAGGACUACCACAACCUAUUCUCCCCGCGCUGCCAUUACUGCAAUGGGCCCAUACUUGACAAAGUAGUGACUGCUUUGGACAAGACCUGGCACCCAGAGCACUUCUUCUGCGCCCAAUGCGGCGCCUUUUUCGGGCCUGAAGGUUUCCAUGAGAAGGAUGGCAAGGCGUUCUGCAGGAAGGACUACUUUGACAUGUUUGCUCCUAAAUGCGGAGGCUGUGCUCGUGCCAUCCUGGAGAACUACAUCUCUGCCCUCAACUCUCUCUGGCACCCAGAAUGCUUUGUCUGCAGGGAGUGCUUCACUCCGUUCAUCAACGGCAGCUUCUUCGAGCACGACGGCCAGCCGUACUGCGAGGGCCACUACCACGAGCGGCGCGGCUCCCUCUGCUCGGGCUGCCAGAAGCCCAUCACCGGCCGCUGCAUCACGGCCAUGGCCAAGAAGUUCCACCCCGAACACUUUGUGUGUGCCUUCUGCCUGAAGCAGCUGAACAAGGGCACCUUCAAGGAGCAGAACGACAAGCCCUACUGCCAGGGCUGCUUCGUCAAACUCUUCAGCUAAAGCUGUUCCUGUUGGUGGAGGUCCCGGUGGGGAGGGGCUUGCACAAAGCGACCCACAGGAGGCCCCUGUGUGGGUUCAUUCAUUGGUUUCUUGUUUUCUAACUGCUGCAUGUGUACCGUCUGUGCCCAUCUAUGUAUUCACUGAUGUGCUUGUCGUGUAUGCGUGUGUGGGAUACAGUGGAGAGGUGUCGAUGAUUUUAAAGGCUAUUUCCAUAGGGGAUCACAUCAGUAGAAGCCAUGGUGGACGGCCUCGACAUCAGCUGGUGAGGGGCCGUGUCAUUUGCCUGAUUAUUCUUGGUGGUCAUUCGACACUGACUAAAGGCAGAUGUUUUCUAGAGAGAUUUUAAGGAUUUUUUUUUAAUUGAAUGCAUGUAUUUGUUGAGUAUGGUUGCAACAAAUGCAGUGAUUAAUACUUUCGCAGCGCGAUGAUUUGUAAAUGUUAUUUUUUAACCCUUUCCCCAGGGCAAGAACCCUUAUCAUGUGACCAGACCAGCUCAAAGUGGUUUUGUGAUGGUUUGGGACAGCUGCUUGUCAAUUGCAUGGACCACAGGCUUGACCUCAGUAAUUCUAAAACAUGUAGAUGGUUUUACAUAACCGAUACUUUGCCUAUGCGUGUUGAGAUAAUGUAUUCAUGUAUUUUUCUAAUUAUAAGAUGGAGAUUUGCAAUAUUGUGAUACAUAGAGAAACGUGUUUAAAAACAUGCACACACUGGUUGGGGUCAUUUUAUUUUUUUUAGAUUUUUUUCAUCCAAUUGCAGAUUUCCUCCCAAGACCAUCGAGGUGGAUUUUGGUUUGAUCAAACUAUCAGGUCUUUUUAUGGAACUAAACUAUAUAUAUUCUUUAGUCUCUUUAGUGUUAAAGGCCUUGUUUUUCAUGUCACCCCUGUGUCUCUGUUGCUAUUUUCUACCAAUGGGCAUCAGAACUUUUACAAAAUGUCCCACUUAAAUUGCUUGCACCUUUAAACUGUGUGUGUGUGUGUGUGUGUGUGUGUGUGUGUUAUUUUACGACCGAUUUUCUAUCAAAUAAAUGACGAAAUUAGAUCAAAAUCUGUUAUAAGUCAAUACAAGUGUACGCUUAUUAAUGUUUCAAUUUAGGUGCAACUUUGAUACAAAUAUGCCAAGUGGCUCAAUAUGGAAAAACUGAAAUCAUCUAAAAAAAUAUGAAAAGAUAUCCUUUGAUUUACUGCUGCAUAUGUCCAAAAUUGUAACCAAAGUGUCCAGUGAUGUUAGGAAUAAGCAGAAUUUAUCUAAUGUUUUAUGUUUGACUACUAUGAACAAAACUCAGCACUGUUAGAAUGUCAUUGUCUUGAUGACGUCAACCUGAGCUUGAGAUGUGAUAUGUGUUGUGCAUUGUGUUGAAUGGCAUGCUGCAUUUCUAGGAUCAAUGAGCAGGAUCCCGUCUGGCUGAGGGGUGGGGGUUCAUCAGCACUUGCUGCCGGUUGCUAUAACAAUCAAAGAAAAUGUGUAAUACUCUUGGACAUGCAUAGUGUUGUGAAAAUAACUUGUGUCAUGGAUAGAAUUAAAAUAUAUAAAUAUAUUUUUCUCCAGGCUCCCAGGAAUAUGCAAAGAGCUGGCUCUAUGGGCAUAUAAUUAUAAACCAGCGAUGGCUCUCGCCUAAUACAUAACACCCACUUGUAUUGGCUAGUGUUCAAGAGGAUUUAAGAGGCCCUGCCCUGAAUAUUUAGGUUACAGGCUAACACCUUUUGAGAUGAAUGCUAACCUUUGAUUAUAAUGUUGUAUUGGUUAGCUGCCUCUGUAAUGGGUAAACAGGAAUACCAGGUCCGUUGUCGUUAGUAAAGCAACCUGAGUAUUGUUCACUGUUUAUUUGACAAGUGGCUUUUUACAUGUUCAGUCUCUGAAUGUAACCUUGAUUACAUUAUUUGGUGAUCUUUAACUUGUCACUGACGUUCAUGCAGACUUUAUUAUCCAGAUACAUUAGUACGAUUACGAUACAUGGUGUUUUUUUAAAACAAUAUAAAUGAUUGUGCCAAUUUUUGUAUGCCAAUAUAAUGUCUUGUACACUGUGGAAAUGUCAGUGUUUCUUCUGGUUGAGUCUUUAUGGGUUAAACUCUAGAAAAAAAACAACGAUUUGCUUAGUGCACUAAUGCUGAUUUCCAAAUAGUCUUGCAAAACCAUUACUGGACAAUUUCCUAGACCCCACUAGGUAAUAUACUUUAUAUUGAGCCAUAUAUAUUUGAUGUAGUUCUGUUAUAGGCCUACCUUAUAUAACCACAAGCCCGGGGCUAUGUGAUAUUAAACAGUUUCAAUGUUUGAACUAUGCCCCUAAGAAAAUGUAUUUCUGCUCAUCUCUGUGGCAAGAUCAGGGUUAUGAUUGCCUUAUUGAUCCAAUGCUUUUGCUUCGAAUCCCCCCAUGUUCAUUGACAAAUUAAUGUGAUAUGUAUCCUUUUUAAGUGCCACAAUUACUUUUUCUGUUCAUAAAGAGAACAUUUCAUAGCCUGGCAAUGUGUUUGAUUUCAUGUGAUUGACAAUAAAAUGUUAUUUCUGUAAGUAA